UUUUAGUCCGGUGCACAAGAGAAGCAUGACGUCGACCGGAUGAGUCGGCCUAGAAACUGAACGAUAUUACUUUCUUCAGUGUUUACUCUCAUCGCAAAGGAGACAUGGAACACCCGGUGUGUUUUGGUGAGGGCAUGAAGCAGUUUGUCGUACUCGACGCUCUGCCCACAGUGCGCUACAUCCCCGAUUUCAUAUCCGAGGAAGAGGAGGCCGCGCUUCUACAGCAAGUCUACAGGUCUCCAAAGCCCAAGUGGACUCAGCUGUCGGGCCGCAGGCUGCAGAACUGGGGCGGGCUACCGCAUCCCAAAGGAAUGCUGCCGGAGAAGAUUCCUGACUGGCUCCAGAUGUACUGUGAGAAAAUCUCCUCUCUCGGUGCCUUCAGCGGGAAAACGGCCAAUCAUGUGUUGGUGAAUGAGUACAAAGAAGGAGAAGGGAUCAUGCCUCAUGAAGACGGGCCUCUGUACCACCCCACCGUCACCACCAUCAGCCUGGGCUCCCACACCCUGCUGGACUUCUACCGGCCCGUCAGCAGCCUGGAGGGCGAGGCGCCGCAGACGGAGGAGAACCGGUUCCUGUUCUCCCUGCUGGUGAAGCCGCGCAGUCUCCUGAUCCUGCAGGACGACAUGUACGAGCGUCUGCUGCAUGGCAUCCGGGCGGUCAGCCAGGACACGCUGACGGACAAGGUGGUGAACCUGUCGGCGGCCGGUGGCCUGCCAGGGGAGACGCUGACACGAGGCACCAGGGUGUCACUCACUGUGAGACAUGUGCCCAAAGUCAUAAAGACAAAGCUUCUACUGGGAAGGAAAUGAUGAGAGACUGUGUGAGGACCUGAGAGGUUGUUAGAGUGGAAACAUGACAUCAAUGGACAUAUAAUCCAGGCUGCUGUCUGAGUUAUGUCACGCAUGUUAAAUAGCUGUGCCAAAUGAUUGGUGUUGUCAGAACUGGUGGCAGGUUUUGUUGAUCUACUUACGCUACUUACAAUAAUACAUGUAUAUAGAUAUAUAAUAGAUAUAAUAGUAUUAUACUGGUUGUAAUUGGUGUAUGUACUUGGAAAAGUGUUCAACCAGUCUCUUAUAGUAUGAAUUGAUGAUGGCUUUGCACAGAUGCUGUGUUUGUUUUGCAGAAAGGACAAAGAUAUGAUUGAGGUCCAUUUAGAAACAGUGUCAUAUAUAGUUUUCCCACCAGAUGGCACUGACGAGUUUAUUUUUACCCACUGAAACGUGUCUGUUCAGUUCAUAUCAUCGUCACAGCUCUGUGGUUGAGGGAACAUUGUUAUGUAAUGUCUUCACUGAUUCAGGACAGAAAGAUUUGUCAAGUUUAAGAAAGUAAGAAACAAAAGUUGCACUUUGGGAAAUGUAGGGUCCAGCUUUUUUAAAACUUGACCCAUAUUAGGGGCUGGUUAUGUUUAUCAUUCUUGCUUUAAAUCUGUAUCAUUCAUUUUCUGCUCUCUCCAGCAACUCAACUACUAUGUUUCAGUUUAAUCCGAUUUAUCAAGAAAUCUAUUUUUGUUUGCUAAUCUAUAUUUGCCUUGAACUUUCCAUACCAGUUGGGUUCUACUAUAAAGAUCUGCUUUGUACAGUAAAUGUUCGUGUCCCUUUGUGUGUUUGUUUUAUGUUCAUGCAUCAAAUGCAACCCGGCUGUUUCAUGUGACACAGAAAAGUCCUGCAGGUGACUGAGAGCAUGUAUGAGACAGCACUGGUACAUUAUGUCUCUUUAUUAAACAGUUUCUUAAGAUCAA